AGAUUUUCAAAUUUAACAUAUAAACCAUGUUUAAGCUAAUAACAUAUUUCAAGUCGCGACCGAAAAAAUUUGGCGUGAGAUGCUAUCAAAAUCACCUGCCCACAGGUCGUGCCACACGUUCAGCAAGCAGGUCGGAUGGCAGGCGUGGCAGAUUUGGAUUCGUUGGCUGCGAUAUUGGUGACCACAACAUGUGGCGACCCCGACCACGCCAGCUGCACAUCAAUCGGUUCCCCUCCUCCAAGGCCGACUCAAAGGCGACCCUCGAAAGGGGCGAUUGGGUGGUGGACGAGAGGCCAACGCUGCGCUGGGGCAUCGCACCCGUCAGCCUCAUGGCGGAUGACUUUGCCGCGGCGCUGAGUGUCCUGCCCGAGCAGCACCACCGCAUUGUGUCCUGCGUGGCUGCGUAUCAGUCGCACGCCCUCGCCUUCGCCGAACGCCAUCAGGUGGAGAACGUGUACACCAGCUUCGAGGAUCUGGCCAAGUGUCCGAAUGUCGAUGUAGUGUACAUCUCCCCCCUAAAUCCCCAACACUCGGAGCUGUGCCAUCUCAUGUUGAACCACGACAAGCACGUCCUGUGUGAAAAGCCGCUCUGCAUGACGGAGGAGCAGGUGACCAAGCUGCUGGAGAAGGCGCGGGCGCGCGGUCUGUUUCUCAUGGAGGGAAUGUGGCCAAGAUGCGUGCCCGCCUAUCAUUACCUGCGGCAUCAGAUCCUGCGAAACCGUCUAGGAGAGAUACAGAAGGUACAUUGCACUUUAGGGCUGCCCGUUUCGCAGGGGAGACUAGGACUGUACGGCGGGGUAACCAACGAUUUCGGGGUAUACGGUAUGCAGCUGGCUCUGUGGGUGUUUCGAGAAGUUCCACGCUGCCUCAAGGUCAGCGGUAGGGUCAACUCGGAGCACGUGGACGUGUCCGCCGACAUUGAACUGUGCUUCACGCGUGGAAAGAGGGCUCUCAUCGAGGUCAGCUCCGAAAAGAAGCUCAGCAACCAGGCAGUUAUUCAAGGCAAGGAUGGGUCCAUUAAGAUGAACAACUACUGGUGUCCCACUCGCCUGAUCACCGAGGAGGUGGACUACGAGUUCCCCCUCCCGGGUGGCGAUCAGAUGCCACCCACCCACUACCACAAUCGGUUGGGCAUGUGCUACGAGGCCGAGGAAGUGCGGAACUGCAUUCUGAAAGGCAGCAUGGAGAGCGAUGACUUCAGUCACAACGAGAGCCUGCUGCUGGCCAAUCUAAUGGACACCAUCCACGCCGAACUGGGAGUCGGUGAAUUCGCUAGUCGCAGCGAGGUUUCAGAUCUGCAGAGGCAGAUCGAGAAUGUUCAAGACAUAGUCGAUGAUCCGGAGGAGCUGGCUAGCGAGACGUGCCGGGUAGUGGAGGAUGUCAGCAUGGGCGGAAGCUUGGAAAUCAGUCAGCAGGGAGAGAAAGACCAGGUCAAAGGUCAUUGAUUGGUGCAGCACCGAAAUGCAGGGCGUGUACCUGUUGCGGCAGAAGCUAAUCGUAAGACGGGAUUACAUAUGUUUUUAAUAAAUUAGACAAUUCUCAUCGAGGA